AUGGCUGAUUUCUCCUUCCUAUCAGACACAGAUGAAUCAUCUGCAGUUGAACAAAUUUUAGCAGAAGCAAUGGAUCACUGUGUUCUUCAACAAGUUGCCGCCAUUAAUUGCUCUUCUUUCUCUAACUCUGUUCUUCCUUCUAACCUUGAAUCUCGUUUUCAAAGGCUCAAAACCUUCCCUUCUUCUUCUGCUUCUUCUUCCAAUCCCUCGAAAUCUGUGCCAAAACCCCAAUUCGGCCCUAAAUCAGCCAGCGAAUUGAAGAACUCAGUGACUGAAUUGAAGGAUGAAAAACCCAUUUCUGAUGAUUCCGUAAAAACCCCAGAAAAAACCCCAGAAAAGGAAAAGAAAUCUCUCAGAAAAUCUGGUUCUGGAUAUUUAUCUUCUUCUGGGUCAUCGAAUGCUUCAUCUGGGUACUUGAAUUCUCCCAAUUACAGGGGAAAACAGGGUGUUAGAAAGGGUAAAGAUGGAAACUUUUCAUCCGGGUCAUCGAAUUCCGGGUCGAAAACUUCAACAAAAUCUGUUAAAACGGGUUGUUUUUGGUGUUCUCCGUCUCCGAAACGGGUUUCUUCUCCGAAGCGGGUUUCGAGGAAGAAGAGUGAUGGUGGUGGUAGUACUCGAAAUGGGGCGUUUGAGUUGGGAGAUGAUUGGGGAAAACAUGAUGAAAUAUUGAGUGAUUUGAGGUCAUUUUCGGCAAAAAAGCAGAAGAAUUUGAUGAAGAUUGCAAAGAAAGAAGAAGAGAAGAUUAAUAAAGAAGCAGAAAAGAUAGUUAAAUGGGCUAAACAAACUUCUGCAAGGUUGGAUUUUUCUAUCAAUGAUGAUCUUAGUGAUGAUGACAGUGAAUAUAGUUUUGGGCAUCAUUGA